AUGUCUGUUUCAUACCUUUCCACCGAGCUCCAUAGUGAGCAUACUCACUGGCAGUGCAUCCUACGCUCCGAGGCCAACGCUUCAUCUACCUGCGACGCCAUCACGGUAAUGGACCAGAUUGUUUGCAGUGGUUGCGCUGCUCCCGAACGUGCACUCAUGACCAAGGCUAUUGCUACAAAUGGAGACGAGAUUGGUUUUCUGGCUGCUGUUGAUUCUGAUGGUACGGAGACUUGGAAGUACUACUAUCAAACCAAUGGCGUGAGGUCUUAG